AUGUUUCCACGUAUUUAUAAAGUGGAAAACUUUAGAUAAUAACAAGCCUUUCUUCAACAGAAAUUCCAUCAGAGCGACAAUUUACAUUUAUUUUUGGUUUUAGCAUUUGCAGUAAUUUUUCAAAUACUGGAAACUGUAUCCUGGACCCUGGUGUAUUUAAAAAACUGCUGGCUGCUGCUUGGAUUGUUUGUGUUCUGCUUUGGAGGACAGUUAGACGAUUCCAAAAAUGCACGUAUACUGAAGUUUGAUUACGACGACUCAGGCAAAGGACCAUACCGAUUUGGAUAUGAAACCAGCAACGGAAUCACUAGGGAAGAAAGUAGCGAAGUGCAUUAUCCAGGAACAAAACACGAAUUUCUUAAAGUGACAGGAAUGUUUGCUUAUCCAGGUCCAGACGGUGUUAUGUACGAAGUAAGAUACACCGCAGAUGAUCAAGGAUUCCAUCCAGAGGGUGAUCACAUUAAGGUACCGCCUUUUGUUCCAUGGGUUCACCACCAUUCCGAAGACGGUUCUGAAAACAACGACAUUCCUGACAGUGGUACUGGCGAACAAGUUAUAAACUUUGUACAAACGACUGCAAGGCCUAGCACCGAGUAUUUACCUUCUUCGACACCAACUAGUACUACUUAUUUGCCACCUACUAGUUCUACACCAGAAACUGAAUAUUCUAGUAGCAACGAUAUUACGAACGUAAAAUCGACUGGAAUUAAAUCUGGUAAUUUUGCUCAUUCCAAAGUAAUUCCAGACGGUUUUGGCAAACCUUCUAAUAUUGACUUAAAUUUAAUUAAUCCCAGAAUUAAUAAUAUUCUACCCUCAGAUAUAAAUAUUGCUGCUAAUAAUGCUCAAAUGCUUUUGAAAAAUUUAGCUACUUCACAACCUCAACCUAAUAUAUUAGACAAUUUAAAUUCUUCACCCUUAAUGGCAUUAGUUUCUAAUCCGCAGAUCUUAAAAGAUCUUUCACCAGGCAAUCCAAUUACCCCCGUCAUAAUUAUGCCAAAUAUGGUCUUAUCGACUAUUUCAAAUGAUUUUUCUAAUCAACAACUAAUAUCAGGUGAGCUAUUAUUGGAAGGUUUAAAAUCUGUCAAUGACGCUCACGCACAGGUACAGCCAAAAACUAACAUUUUGGAAAUUUUGAAAGCCUCUCCAAUUGCCAAUCCUCCUCCAAAUUCACAGGAACUCAAAGGCGAGAACAUCCUAGACCAACUUAGAACUGCUAGUGCUGUAAAUUCAAUGUGUUUACAAACAUUGGCUUGUAGAUAUACUGAGCCCAACUUGGGCUCUGAAGGCUCUGCUCCUGGAACCAAUAUUGUUUACUUGCCUCCCAGCACUGCUCGACCACAUGUAGAUGACUCGCUCGAAAAUAAUUUAUUGAGUACUCCAAAACCCAAUCCUGAGUUGUAUUUUCACUCGACAGCUGAAUCGCAGACUCAGUUAAGGUUUGCCACUCCAGCUCCACCGACAAUGAUGCGCAAGGCCAGCUCUAUGGAUUCUAAAAGUAGUAAAUUUACGGCUCCGAUAGUGGCUGCUAAAUAGAAUAUAUUUUAGUAAAAACGGGUGGUAUGUUUUAUCUAUUAUUUUCAUUGCACGUUAUGUAGUAAAUAUGACAGAUUUAUAGUUUUGUCUAAUAUUCCAAUAGUAUAGAAACUGUGAUGCAAAAUAUAGACACAACUAGAAAUAAACGGAAUGAAACUUAUUUUAUAACACAAGUGGAUUAAGAUAUUGUAUUUUUGUGUUAGGAUUGUUGUUUUUCUGCAGAUAAUUUUCUUAGCUCAGAUUUUAGUGAUAGAACAAUUCUUAUUGUAGGUUUUCUAGAGUGCAUAUAGAUCAAGUUUAUGUAUUUCAUUUCUAUCAUUCCUAAACAGUUAUUUUAUUAUUAUUAAUAUAGCUGCUUUUUAAGAAUUAUAUAGGUGAACCAAAUAAGAUCAUUUAUUCAAUUAAAGAAUGCAAAUUGGAAUAUCUUGCAACUUGCAAACAGCGAUGUUGAUAGCCUAUAUCCUAAGCAGAUAUACAAUGCAAGAAGAAAACAUAUUUUCAUUUCAACACGCUAAUAAUCAAAUAAAAAAAUUGGAGUGAAGAUUCGCUGGUCCCUUAAGUCCAAUAGCAAAUAAGCUAAAAAGAGAUGCCACUGAUAAAAAGAGUAGCCUUCCAAAAAAAAUCAAUCUGUUUGAAGUGGAUUAUUUAGCGUCGACUUUGCUAUAUAGAAAUUAUUUUUUGUCGUCGUAUUGAACAACGCUUGAACAUCUCAUAUAUUAGAUAAUUUUGUUCUCCUUCAUUUACCUCGACACCCAUGGAAUAUAUAGACCACAAUAUUUUUGUGGCUAAGUAGUGACACUACGUUUAGACAAUCAGUUCAUUUAUAUUAAUUAGUUUUUGUUAUUAUUAUUUUAAAGAUACAUGUUGUUAAGGUAGAAUUAAUAGAGUAACAAAAUUAUUUCUAUAAAAAUAAUUAUGUUUCCAUUUCACCCGAUUGCCCAGUUUGUGCUUACAAGUCCUAACACAACAUAUAUUUGUUACAUUAUUUUCACUCUAAUGUUAAAGAUAAGGCUAAAAGCAUGACAGAUUAAAGAUUGGAUUCAACCACCCAAUAGAAGACGACCAAAAAACCUGUACUGUACCUCUCAAAUCAGGGAGAAAAUAGUAUCGACUUCUCCCCACUCUUUUACUAUUAAUUUAAGAGAUCUAAACUUCGAAGAAAGCCUUUUAUUCGUUAAAAAGUUAGUUUUGUUAGCUGAUCAGUUUUCAAGAAAAUACUCUACUAAAUAUUUAUUGCAUUUACGUAAAACUAUCUUUGAUCGUGCAUUUCCUAUGCAUUUCUGAAAAAUGUAGCUGUAAUUCAGUAGCUUUGUUAAUUUUCUUUAUAACUUAUGAAGAUAUUUGGACAAAAACUAUCUAGUUUGUAAGCAAAAGGUUUUAAUAUUAUUCGUUUUUGCCUUUUACCUAAAAUAAAUUACAAGUAAAGCUACCCUUAGCUUUUUAGCAAGACUUUCAGCCAUUUCUUUUCUUUUUUUUUAUUGCUUUGUCUCCCAACAUACUUUAUUGAAUUGACUCACGAUUUUUUUGCAGUACAAAUCUGUCACGAAUACAGAAGUUAUCGAAUUUUGACUUUUAUCUACCACAAUAAAUAUUAAGGGCAAAUUAAGGCAGUUUCUGAGUCUAUAGCUACUUGUUCCCUGUGAAAUGUUGCAUAAGUAUUUCCUUGUGCUCCUUAUUGUCUAAUAUUAGGAUAAAUAAUUCCUUCUCCCACUAUUUCGCAAACUUUGUCUCAUUAAUGUAAUAGAAGAAAACUCUUCUUGUUAUGUGACAGCUAGAUAAAUAAAAUGGAUCUUUUACUUUUAGUUUAAUAUGCAAUGUUUAUGAACAUAAAUUUACUGAUUAUUCGUAUAUAUCCUUAACUAAUUCGCACUACGGAAACUAUGAAGUGUUGCUAUGUUUAUAGCGACAAUUUUUUUUUUAAUAAUAAUGUGCAAUGAAAGUUGUAGGAAAAUAAUUGUACUUUAACUGAGGAUGUAACUUAUUUGUGAUAUUAUAAAUAGGUAGUUAAUAGUUUGGGUAUUAAUAUCCAUGUAAAUGAUUUGGUGGUAGCUAACAAAAUGAGUGUUAAAAAAUAUAAUCCAGUUUUAGCAUGAUUUUAAAACUUUUAUUGUUAUGUUACAUUGUUAUUUCGAAUUUUAAUAAAUUUAUUUUUAUAU